CUGCGCACCUAGCUUGUGUCAGCACAGCAGUAUAUAUGCACCGACUGUUCACCCCCAAUUGAAUCAUCCACAGCCGAGAAGCAUUGUUAAUUGAGUUCCUGGCUAGCUUAAUUGCAAGAAGUAAUAUAGGCAGCUCUAGCUUAAUUUGUUGCAAGUUUAGAGGUGAGUUAAGAGAUGAUGGCCAAGCGCAAAGGGGAAAAAGGGCCUCUUUUGGUGCUGGCGGCAUUGGCCGUCCUCCUUGCCGCGCAGGUGAAGCCGGCGGUGUCUGCCGGCGGCUACACCAUUGACAUUCAGACCAAGGUGAGGGAUAUAGUGAAGGCCAACCGCGCCGUCAGCCCCGGCUUCAUCCGCCUCGUCUUCCACGACUGCUGGGUCAAGGGUUGUGAUGCAUCGGUGCUGCUGAACAAUGGUGACGGGACGGCGGAGAUGGACGCGGUCCAGAACGGCGGCAUCCGCGGCCUGGACGUGAUCCAGGCCAUCAAGGACAAGCUGGCCGUGAACUACACGGACGUCACCUGCGCCGACGCCGUAGUCUACGCGGCCCGGGAGGCCUGCUACGUCCUGAGCGGCGAGAAGAUCAAGUACGACGUGGACGGGCCGGGCUCCCACAAGGACGCCGUCGCCUCCUCCAAGGCCGACGCGGCCGCCCUCCCUUCCCCAUUCGCCAGCUUCUCGGACCUCGUGGCAAACUUCAAGCUCAAGGGUUUCACGGCCCGAGACGUGGUGGUCCUCUCCGGCGCGCACGCCGUGGGCCUGGCCCACCGCCCGGCCUUCGAGGCCCGGCUCACGGCCCCCGCCGCCGAGAUCGACCCGGCAUAUCGGAACGACGUCAAUGUGACGUCCAACGCGAGCCCGAGCAAGACGGCCCACAACAAUGUCCGGGACCUGGGCAAGGCAGAGGCGGAGCCGGGCGUCCUGGACAACAACUACUACGCCGCCAACCUUGCCAAGAAGGUGCUCUUCGGCUCCGACUUCGCGCUCACCACCGACGGCGCCGCGAUGACUAACAUGACUGCCUACAAGAAUAAUGCUGCCACGUGGUACCCCCUCUUUGAGGACGCCAUGGCCAGGCUCAGCAGGCUCCCCCCACUGGGCACCACAGGCGGGCCCAGGGCCAAAUGCAACACCCCCAACUAGCUAGUACGAGAAGAGAAGAGACGUCUUUUUUUUCACUAAGACAUGCAAGCUAGAGCGUUUAUCAAUUUUGGUUUGGUUCUUUUUAUACGGGGAGACGUAUACAAUGCAAACUCUUAUUUUGUGGGAACUUACGAACUUUACUCAUAAGCCAUCGGAGCUA